UUUGCUUUGUAAGUGUUUCCCGAGAGCCUCCUGCAUCCAGUGUGCACUGCGCUGCUGUGGCUGUGGGGCGGGCAGGUGUGAACACGAGAGGUCAGUCGUGGCCCUUGCCCUCAGCGAGGCUGUAAUCUCUCUGGGGACACAUACAUGUACACACGUCCCUGUGAUACAGUCUGGCAAGUGGCCAGAGUCACAGCAAUGGAAAUAAAUAGGAGAAAAGGAUUCCUUCUGGCAUGAGGAAGGUCAUUCUUUUCCUUUCAUCUAGUUUGCCUAGGAAGGCGUCAUUAUAAUCCUUGCUCUGUGACAGAUGGCUGUCAGUAGUUGAAUCGCUGUCCCCGAGUGCUUCCUGUGUGUGUGGAGCACUGGGCCAGGCCCCGCAGGGAGCCUGUGGUCUGGCGGGUAGGUGCCUGUCAAGUAUGAUCUGGGUGACGGCACAGAAAACACAAGGUGGCAUGGGAGCUUGGGGCUGAGGACCGGAUCUUGGGAAAGUACAAUUUAAGCUGAGACUGAGCGAGGUGGAGAAAGGGAAGAGAUGGCUCCCAAAGGAGACCCCAGCAUGUGGCAGGGCUCAGAGGGCAGCAUGGUGCAGGAGCUGCAAGCUGUGCAGCUGAAACACCGUGGCCGGCGGGAGCAUGGCGGGAGCAUGGUGAAGAAACGAGGUUUGGGCAAGAGCCUUGGAAAGCAUUUCCUCUCCCAGGAGCCUCCUGAAGGACACACCGUAGAUGCAGGAAGACGGCGGGUGAGGACAGCCCAGCUGAAGUGAGGAGUCCUGGACAGAGCAUGGCUGUAGCCCUGGAAUCCCAGGCCCAGGUCUCUCCCCCACCAGAGCUGGAAGAACUCCUGAUUGUGAAAUUGGAGGAGGACGCGUGGAGAUCAGAAUCCAGACCUCAGGCGAAGGACCGUGACCCUGUCCCUGGCCCUGAGGCCUCCCGCCAGCGCUUCAGGCAGUUCCAGUACAGGGAUGCAUCUGGACCCCAUGAGGCCUUCAGCCAGCUCUGGGCGCUCUGCUGCCGCUGGCUGCGGCCGGAGAUCCGUCUCAAAGAGCAGAUCCUGGAGCUGCUGGUGCUGGAGCAGUUUCUGACUAUCUUACCCAGGGAGGCCCAGGCCUGGGUGCAGGCGCGCCACCCGGAGAGCGGCGAGGAGGCGGUGGCCCUGGUGGAGGAUUGGCACCGAGAGGCCCGGGCUGCAGGACAGCGGGAACUGAAGUUGUGUGGAGAAGAGACCCGGUCCUGGAAGGCAGUGCAGGAACUGCAGGGCUUUCGGCCGCACUCAGUGGGUCGCUGGCCCGAGAGACGGACCCAGAGGCAGUGGGAGAGGAGUCCGUGCCCUGGCCGUCCCAAGCAUCCAGACACCAGGAUGGUGCCCCCGGCCUUGAAAGAGAGUGCUGUCCUCACUCCCCGAGGCCCCACUCUCCCAAAGAUGGGGAGCACUGGAGAUUGGGAGGUGGCAGCCGAGUCCCAGGAAGCCCUGGGCCCUGGCAAACGUGCUGAGAAGGAGUUUCACAAGGACCCCCCAAGAGACAACUGUGGGAAUGGCGUGUCCCUGGGAGUUCUAGUUUCAAAACCAAAUGUCAUCUCACAGCCAGAGCAAGGACCAGAAUUUUGGGGCCCGAGUCUUAAAACUCCUGGAAAAAGGAGCACUGGGAAUUGCGGCCCGGACAGUGAGCAGAUGAAAGCAGCUCCAGCACUGGCCUGGAGGGAUUCGAAGGCCUGGGAGGAGCAGUGCCAGUGGGACGUGGAGGACACGAAGGUGUCCGGCGUGCACUGGGGCUAUGAGGAGACUAAGACUUUCCUGGCAAUUCUGAGUGAGUCCCCUUUCUCCGAAAAGCUCCGGACUUGUCACCAGAACCGCCAGGUGUACCGGGCCAUUGCAGAGCGGCUGAGGGCACGGGGCUUCCUGCGGACACUGGAGCAGUGUCGCUACAGGGUCAAAAACCUCCUGCGGAAUUACCGGAAGGCCAAGAGCAGCCACCCGCCGGGGACCUGCCCCUUCUAUGAGGAGCUGGAGGCCCUGGUGAGGGCGCGGUCGGCCUUCAGAGCCGCAGACGGCCCGGGCGAGGCUGUGGUUCUCCCCAGGCUGGGGGACAGUGACGCAGAGAUGGAGGAGCCAGAGGAAGGGGGCUGGGAGCCAGAGGAGACAGCAGAGGACUGUGACGGUGAUGACCUGGCCAUCGACGAGUCCGUCCAGGAGCCCAGGGUUCCGGGGGGUCCAGCUCUGUUCCAGAGUCGUAUUGCAGGUGUGCACUGGGGCUAUGAGGAGACCAAGGCCUUCCUGACCAUCCUCAGUGAGUCCCCAUUUCCCGAAAAGCUUCGCACCUGUCACCAGAACAGCCAGGUGUACCGGGCCAUCGCAGAGCGGCUGUGUGCACAGGGCUUCCUGCGGACACUGGAGCAGUGUCGCUACAGGUUCAAAAACCUCCUUCGAAGCUACCGCAAAGCCAAGAGCAGCCACCCGCCGGGGACCUGCCCCUUCUAUGAGGAGCUGGACUCACUGGUGAGGGCGCGGACUGCGGUCAGAGCCGUGGGAACCGUCAGGGAGGCGGCGGGUCUCCCUGCGUCCGGGCGGAGCAGUACAGAGGCUGAUGACCCGGAGGCCUGGGGUGAGGUGGCAGGUGAAGAUGCCGGCAGACCUCCAACCCCGUGUCCUGGAACCCCAGACACUGGUUUUGAGAUGAGGCAUGAGGAUGACGACCAGGGUUCAGAGCUGGACAUUUUCGAGGAUUUGCCUGGUGCUUUACCAACACGGGCUGUGGAGGCUUCCAGCCACCCUUGCCAUUUGGGGGAAGACGGUGAGCACGAAGACGAAGGGGAAGAGCAGUCAGGAACUCGACCGCAGGGGCAGUGGGAGGAAUGUUCCUCUGAGGAGGACUCAGAAAGGCUCAUUGACCACCAAGGGCUGUACCUUGCAGAGAAACCCCACCAGCGUGAGCCACGCGCGAGGAGCUGCAGUCAGCCCUCCCCCUUCAUCGCCCGCCGGCGGACACACACAGGCGAGAAGCCCUGCUGGUGCCUCCAGUGCGAGGAGAGCUUCAGUGACGCCUCUGACCCCCACACCCGCCAGAGAAUUCACCCUGGAGAGCAGCCCUGCAGAUGCUCCGAAUGUGGGAAGAGCUUCAGGGACCGCCCCAGUCUGGCGGCUCACCAGCCAGUCCAUGCAGGGGUAAGGCCGUGUGCGUGCGGGGAGUGCUGGAAAGGCCCCAGCCAGAGCGCAGACCUUCUGAAACCCCAGAGAGCCCGUGUGGGAGGAAACCCUCACUGCCGUAGUGAGCCUGGCGAAAACUCUGGCCAAAGCAAGUCCUUCAGUGCUCACUGGAGGAACCUGGCAGAGGAGACAGCUCCGGAACAACCUCCAGGUGCCAAGAAGAACUCUCCUGGGCUCAACAGCGCCAACUCAGGGGAGAAGCUUUAUCAGUGUUCUGAAUGUGGAAGGACCUUCUCCAAGAGCUCUGCCCUCAUCAGUCACCAGAGAAUCCACACGGGAGAGAAACCAUACGAAUGUGCGGAGUGUGGGAAAAGCUUCAGCAAGAGCUCCACGCUGGCCAACCACCAGCGGACCCACACUGGGGAGAAGCCGUACGAGUGCGCGGACUGCGGGAAGUGCUUCAGUGAGCGCUCCAAGCUCAUCACGCACCGGCGAGUGCACACGGGGGAGAAGCCCUACGAGUGCCUCGAGUGUGGGAAGUUCUUCCGUGACCGCUCUAAUCUCAUUACUCACCAGAGGAUUCACACGGGCGAGAAGCCUUACAGAUGCAGGGAGUGUGGGAAGUGCUUCAACCAGAGCUCCAGUCUCAUCAUUCACCAGAGAAUCCACACCGGGGAGAAACCCUACAAGUGCCUGGAGUGCGGCAAAGACUUCAACAACAGCUCCCACUUCAGUGCCCACCGGAGAACCCACGCAGGAGGGAAGGCGUCGUAGGGGAUGGCGCCCCCCCCCCCCACGACAAAAGAGAUGAAUGUGUAUUUGAGUCUCCCCAGAUUAUGAGAUGUAUGGUAGAAGGAAACAUGCCCAAUUCCUAAGCUGUGUGUAUACCCAGGGAAGUUAUCUUGAUAUAAUCCAGGUAAUUUGGAAGCAAAUUACAAAUGCUAAGGAUCCAGACUCGAAGGCACUUUUCUUGAGUGUAAUUUGUUCUGUAAAAAAUUUACACUCA